AUGCGCCGUCUUGCUGUUUCUUCGCUUAUCUCCGCGGCCGUUGCGACCCGCGCAGUGACGACCCUGUCGAUCCGCGACGCCCUGAACAAGGCCAUUGACGAGGAGAUGGAGCGUGACAAGACCGUGUUCCUCCUCGGCGAGGAGAUAGGGCAGUACCAGGGGGCGUACAAGGUAACUAAGGGCCUGAUGGAUAAGUACGGCACUACUCGUGUCAUUGACACCCCCAUCACAGAGCACGGCUUCGCGGGUAUGGCAGUCGGUGCAGCAAUGAACGGACUGCGGCCUGUCUGCGAGUUCAUGACGAUGAACUUUGCGAUGCAGGCAAUUGAUCAGAUCAUAAACUCCGCGGGCAAGGGGCACUACAUGUCGGGUGGCCAGCUCAAGUGCCCGAUUGUGUUCCGCGGACCCAACGGCGCCUCGGCGGGUGUGGCGGCGCAGCACAGCCAGUGCUACGCGCCGUGGUACGCCUCCGUGCCUGGGUUGAAGGUGUUUGCACCCUACAACGCUGAGGACGCGCGCGGCAUGAUCAAGACGGCAAUCCGCGACGACAACCCGGUGGUGAUGCUCGAGCACGAGCUGCUCUACGGCGAGUCCUUCGGGAUCUCCGACGAGGCGAUGGGGAAGGACUUCCUCAUUCCGUGGGGCAAGGCGAAGAUUGAGCGGCCGGGCAAGCACAUCACGAUGAUCGGCUUCUCGCGCGGCGUGGAGCUGUGCCUCAAGGCGGCCGACCAGCUCGCGAAGGAAGGCGUCGAGGCGGAAGUGAUCAACCUGCGCUCGCUGCGCCCGCUCGACCGCCAGACGAUCAUCGCAUCCAUCAAGAAGACGGGACGCGCCAUUACAGUGGACGAGUCCUUCCCGGUGUGCAAUAUCGGCGCGGAGAUCUGCGCCAUAGUCAUGGAGAGUGAGGCGUUCGACUACCUCGACGCCCCGAUGGAGCGCGUGUCUUGUGCCGACUGUCCGACGCCGUACUCGAAGGAACUCGAGGCGGCGUCGCAGCCACAGUUGUCGGACGUGCUCGCUGUGGCCCGCCGCGUCCUCAGCUAA